ACAUAUAAAGUUUGAAUUUUUAGCUCUGAUAAUAAUUCUCUCCAAUGGCAACUCCUCUAUUUCUCUCCCAUUUUUCAUCUAUCAGGUUGUUUAGUCUUUAGUGGAGAUGGAGGAGAAAGGGCAGCUUAAAAGAGCAUUCAUAAACACCACAUCGGGGGCAAUUUCUGGUGGUAUAUCGAGGACAGUAACCUCGCCUCUCGAUGUAAUCAAGAUCAGGUUUCAGGUUCAACUGGAACCCACUAGUCAGUGGGCCUCGCUUCGAAGAGACGUGUCUGGAAAUUCUAAAUACACAGGGAUGCUGCAAGCUACAAAGGACAUACUCAGGGAAGAAGGCUUAAAGGGCUUCUGGCGGGGUAAUGUUCCAGCUUUGCUGAUGGUUAUGCCAUAUACUGCCAUACAAUUCACUGUGUUGCACCAAUUGAAAACUUUUGCUGCUGGCUCUUCAAAGUCAAAAGAUCACAUCAACUUGAGCCCUUAUCUUUCUUAUAUCAGUGGAGCAUUAGCAGGAUGUGCAGCUACAGUUGGUUCAUAUCCAUUUGAUCUCUUGAGAACCAUUUUAGCCUCGCAAGGGGAGCCAAAGUUUUAUCGAAACAUGAGGUCUGCAUUUGUUGACAUAUUCAAAACUCGGGGCAUUCCUGGACUCUAUGCUGGAUUGACACCAACACUAGUUGAGAUUGUUCCUUAUGCUGGUUUGCAGUUCGGAACUUAUGAUACAUUCAAACGCUGGAUGAAGGCCUGGAAUCAUCUUAGGUCUUCUAAUUCGAGCCACGGUGAUGAAUAUAUUUCGAGCUUCCAGCUUUUUAUCUGUGGUUUAGCUGCUGGAACAUGUGCUAAAGCUGUCUGUCAUCCUCUUGACGUGGUUAAAAAGAGGUUCCAGAUUGAAGGAUUACAGAGGCAUCCAAGAUACGGGGCUCGCCUUGAGCAUCGUGCAUAUAGAAAUAUGUACGAUGGCCUCCGCCGAAUCUUGCUAGAGGAAGGUUGGGCUGGACUUUAUAAAGGCAUCGUCCCAUCGAUUGUUAAAGCUGCACCUGCUGGUGCUGUAACAUUUGUUGCCUUUGAAUAUACAUCAGACUGGCUGGAAUCCAUUUUAACUUAAAAAGGCUAAAGCUUGCUCUA